AUGAAACUUCUUUUUUACCCUGGAUUCCUUCUGCUGCUUAUUGUCAGUCAAAACCAGGGAAGGGCCAGGCCCAUUGCCAGCUUGCAGAGCCUCUCCAAACUGCUGGAUGAGGACCUGGAGCAUCCCUUGGUCUCAGAAGAGAGGAACCAUGAGCAAGAUGACAUGAUCCCAAGAGGCACCUUUGAGGAGCAAGACACUGAAUUCCAGUGGACCCAGAGCACCAGGGACCAGCCCGAGAGCAUGUCCAUGGGUGAUGGUGCUGUCCAGAGGUUCUUCAGUGACCUCCUGGGUCUACCCCGAAGAUAUCGAAGCAGAAGCAAAAAGGGCCUCUCCAGGGGCUGUUUUGGUGUCAAGCUGGACAGAAUUGGGUCACUGAGUGGCCUGGGAUGCUAA